CCUUCAUCGCCAUCUCAUCGCAACCCGUGUCUGCCGAUCUGGUGAGGCUGGGUCUUCUACACUCAACACUUCGCCUUGGCAUCUAACCACCAAGGUUCGAGCGCUGCGAGCAUGUCGACGGCGACGACCGCACCCGACGCGCUCGACGCGCUGCUCGAGGUUCUCAGAGGGGGAGAAGCAGGGAGCGGUGUACAAUGGCUAGACUCGUCGGGACAGCCAGUCAGCGCGGGCCCAUCCAGCGUCUCUAUCCGCCUAUCCAUCGGCUCAUCAAGCAAUGUCUUUCCUCGAGACGCACCCACUCGUCUCGCAAGAGAUCGACCUACCAUUCUCUCCUCCAAUCCACUUCACACCCCUUCAUCUUCUCCUCAUUUAUUCCUUGCAUUAGAUAUAUUGGUUUUUGCAGCGUUGGAGCCGGAAGAAUCCAAUGCUGCAUAUCUGCUCAAGGCUAAUAAGGUGAUGCCUGGCAGAUUCUUGAACGCUACCACCAGACCCGUCAUCCUGGCUUAUCUGAUCAGGGCCGAAGGUUGCCCGCUUCUGCUCAGCAAGGAAGAAGCGGAAAGGCGAAAAGUGGCCUUGGAGAGCGCCGGCCCAUCUACCACUCCGCCCGAUUCACCUCCUCCAUCCGUCGUCGCACUCUACAGCGGUGGUCUCAGCGCAGGAGCGGGCAGUGCGGGAAGCAGCAGCACGCUGAAGCGGACUCGAGGUCCCUACGUUGCUAACGCGACCGAUGCGGCCUUCGUCAAGCGUCUGCGCACCUCUGGUCUGGAGGUACAUCUGCGCACACGUUCCGACGUCCUUCGAGGCUCGGUAGGAGGCAACGUGGUCGACUUCUCUUCCAUUCGAGAAAGCAUCUCCGGGCUCGUGAAGAAUGCCACUGGGGCGCACGCUAACGCCCAAGGAGGUGUGGGGGAAAAAGCGAAUGGAUCCAAAGCGCCUGCUUCUCGAAGUGCCCAAAGCGGCAUCAAUAGCUCCAUCAAUCCAUCGGGCGCGCAAAAGAGAAGGAGGGGCGAUCCGAUCAUUCUUCUUUCGAGCGCUCCUACAGCCCUAGUAGGCUUGUCCAACAUCGAAUCUCUUCUUGGCAAAUCGCGUUUCAUAACGCAGCAAGAAGCCAAAGCUGGUGGGAUGGCACCUGGCAUAGAAGGUAUGAUCAGUCUUUACCAUCCCAUCUCUUCCAGUGCCGGUGCGGCUGCUUCCAACAAAUCUGCAGCGAGCGCGGGAGGUAGCACGAACCCCGCGCGCGGACAGCGGUUCUUGGUUGUGGAUUCCGUAGAGGCGCUCGGUAGAUUGGGAAGCGGAGCGCAGGACGCCUGGGAUAGGGUCGUAGCGGUCUUUACUACGGGUCAAUUGUGGCAAUUCAAAGGGUACAGGACACAAGAUCCCAAGGCGCUUUGGAGAGAGGUGAUGGGAGUUUACGUGCGCUGGAGCAACGAGUCGCGCAAUGGCAACGUGAAAGAUUGGAACGUGACCGAGCUAGUUGUGGAUCUACACAAGAGACAUUUGGAUAAACAGCUCUCUACGCAAUUUUGGAGAACUUUGGACAGCUGGAUGGCUAGGAACAAACCGGAACUUUUGGGCAAUCCGACGAGUUCUAGUGGGAGAUGAGAGACGCACGAGGCCUACGUCGCGCGCCGCGAUCGACCACGUAAUGCAAAAGGUCUGCUCUUGCUUUACUCACUCUCCACACCCGAGGUGUUUUGCGUUGUCCGUCUGUCGCAUAAUGCUACGUCGGAGGGAAGAAGAGCAGGAAUUGCUAUUUCUCAGUACCGCAACGGGUCGUGCACACCUGUGAUUAGCUCGCUCGGGCAAAACGCGCGCAUGCACCGCUCUGGCCGGGUUCCGAAUCAUUGCGACAGGCGACUUUCCGCCUUGUUCCUCCCUUCUUGCCUGUCGCUGAGCACAAGGCUACGUACAAGCAUCCGC